UUCUGAAUUUUGGGUCUGAAGGUACCCUCUUGCUUUCUCAGCAAAUCAUGGACAUCGUUGGCUUUCUGAAGUCUCAAUUCAUUUGCCACCUUCUGAUCUGCUACAUAUUUAUAGCAUCAGGACUGAUCAUUAACUUCAUUCAACUCUUUACACUUAUACUUUGGCCAAUCAACAAGCAACUGUUCAGGAGGAUCAACUGCAGGCUGGCUUACUGCAUUUCAAGCCAGAUGGUGAUGUUGCUGGAAUGGUGGUCAGGCACCAACUGUACCCUCUACACUGACCCAGAGAGUUACCACAAGUAUGGGAAGGAGAAUGCCAUCGUAAUCCUUAAUCACAACUUUGAAAUCGACUUUCUCUGUGGUUGGAACUUCUGUGAAAGAUUUGGGGUCUUGGGGAGCUCUAAAGUGCUUGCAAAGAAGGAGCUCUCCUACAUGCCUAUCAUUGGCUGGAUGUGGUAUUUCCUAGAGAUAGUCUUCUGCAAGCGUAAGUGGGAGGAAGAUCGGAAAACAGUCAUGCAGAAGUUGCUGAAUCUCCGGGACUACCCUGAGAACUUUUGGUUCCUGAUUCAUUGUGAGGGCACAAGGUUCACAGAACAGAAGCACCAGAUUAGCAUGCAGGUAGCUGAAGCCAAAGGCCUGCCCAAGCUCAAGUAUCACCUACUGCCACGGACGAAAGGAUUUGCUGUCACCGUGCAGUGUUUGAGAAAUGUAGUUUCUGCAGUCUAUGAUUCUACCCUCAAUUUUAGAAAUAAUGAGAAUCCAACAUUGCUGGGAGUUCUAAAUGGAAAGAAAUAUCAUGCUGAUUUAUAUGUAAGGCAAGUAAUCCAUAUUUUAAUUCCUUUUUGGCUUACAGAAGAAUGUUCUAACUGGCUCCACAAACUGUAUCAAGAAAAGGAUGCAUUCCAGGAAGAGUACUACCGAACAGGAACCUACCCAGCAGUCCCUAUAGUACCACCCCGACGACCAUGGACGCUUUUGAACUGGCUUUUCUGGGCCUUAUUGCUGCUAUAUCCUUUAUUCAAGCUGCUCAUCAACAUGAUCAACAGUGGAUCAUCACUGACACUGGCUAGUUUUGCAUUUGUAAUUGUAAUGGCUUCUGUUGGUGUCAGAUGGAUGAUAGGAGUUACAGAAAUUAACAGGGGCUCCACCUAUGGCAACAAUGACAACAAGCAGAAACAAAAGUAGUAUCUUCAGAGACUGCUUCAAUCCAAAGGGAACAAAUGCAACUUCUGAAAACUCUUAAGUGCAUAUCAUGGUCCUUCAAGUGAGAUCAGAGGAAGGGUAGGAUGAGCAAUUGCCAUACAUAUCUGAAUUAGUGCUCCUGUUAUUUUUCUCUGGGGGUUUGGGCUGGGUGACACGAUUGAAAGAUGCACUCCUUCAUAUACUCUCCACAACAGGUUUGCAUUUGUUUGGUUGGUUUGUUUCCCUAUAAAUUGUCUUAAGUUUUGAAGAAAAAUAAAAAUAAAAAUCCAAUGUGCUUGUAUGAUGAGAUUCUACCUGGAAGCUAACCAGAGGUGCAGGCUUUAUCUUUCUUAACUUGCUCUAAGGAAGGGAUAAAUGUCAGAAGAUUGUUACAAGAUGAUUAAAAUUGAUAAUUGUGUAGAUCACACAUUAGCAAUUUAACAACCAUAAUCCGUCAGUGUUUAAAUACAGUAAGAUGCUCUGCUUGGUUAUACCAGUAUUGGACUGAAGCAGCUCUACUGAACUGGCAGACUUGCAGUGGAGUUUCUCUACAUUUAGAACUUAUUCCCACAGCGUGCACCACACGGGCCCUUAAAAGCUUCAGCCAGAACCUGGCUCAGGGCCCACUUUGUUAGAUCGGAGCCUUGCAGUGGCAUCACCUGGAGUGGAAUUUGGCCUUGUGGCCUGAGCAGAGCUAAGUUACCCACUGCCACAUCUUUCCCCAGGCAAUAUAUCAGAGGGAUAGCUGAAACCUGUAAUUCUUUUGAGUGUAAAUGCCAUUUAUAGUUUGGAAAAACUGAGGUAAUAAAUUCCUUUCAGCUUUAAACACUGAUUAAAAUUCUAGGCCUUCCUACCAAUGGUGGAAACAGAACAACUGCUGGGUAUGCUGUAAGUAAGUAACGCAAAGCGUGCAUUGAAAGUUACGCCCCACACCCAUACUAUUGUGAUCCCAAUUAAUCUGCUCGUCUGUCUUUUCUGAUAAAUUAGUUUACGUGGUGCCUCAUAACAGUCAGCCUGAGGUAAUACUUAGAUUAUCUUUCGCUUUUCUUUUGGGGAGAAGAGGGGAAGUGGGAGAGAGACCUAGGACAGUGGUUGGCGUAGUUUUUUAUGGCUGUCUGGACUUGCUUUGACACCCUUCUGAAUUAAAUAAAACUAGAAUCAAGGCCCUUGGGAAAACGGUGUUGCACCAACAUCCCUGGUACUGAUUCCAGGGCAUCCUCCUCUCAAGAGUUAUGGGUAUGCAAAUUACUAAAAAGAGCUUGUUUAAAAAAAGAAAAAAGGAAAAGAGGGGACUUCCAACUAUCAGCUAUUAUGAUUGA